AUGGGGAACGGAAGAAAAAGGGAGGACGAGAAAAAAAGGGAAAGGAGAAAGAUGGAGGAACGAAGAAAAAGGGAAGGCGAAGAAGAAAGCAAAGAUGGGGAAGGAGGAACGAGAAAAAGGGAGGGCGAAGGAAAGGAAAGAUGGAGAAAGAAAAAGGGAGGACGAAGAGAAAGAGAAAGAUGGAGGAACGAGAAAAAGGGAGGCGAAGAGAAAGAGAAAGAUGGAGGAACGAAAGAGAAAGUGGAGGAACGAGAAAAAGGGAGGACGAAGAGAAAGAGAAAGAUGGUGGAACCGAGGAAAAAAGGGACGAAGCGAAGAGGAAAGGAUUGGAGAAACGAAGAAAAAGUGGGAGACGAAAUGAAGGAGAAGAUGGGGAACGAGAAAAAGGGAAAAAGGCGACGAAGAGAAGAGAAAGAUGGAGGAACGAAGAAAAAGGGAAAGGCGAAGAAGAAAGACAAAGAUGGAGGAAACGGAAAGAAAAAAGGGAGACGAAGAGAAGGAGAAAGAGAGGCACGGAACGAGAAAAAGGAGAGACACGAAGAAGAAAGAGAAAUGAUGGCCUGGAGCCCCGAAGGAAAGAUGAAAAAGGGAGUACGUAAAGAGAAAGAGAAAGAUGGAGGAAACGAAGAACCAAAAGGGGAGACGAAGCGAAGAGAAACGUGA